GCUCUUUAGUGUGGCCCUGAACACGGAAACACCGUGCUAGUCUCCUAAUGGGAACAGGGAGCGCAGUGCCAAUAGUUCCUCUGAAUAAUUGGCUGCUUCCUAACCUGCUGACUUCUCGCCCAUGCACGUUUUCUUACAUUUUACAUUUAAGAGGUCUUUUAAGCUCUUCCCCCUGCCUUUAAAGCAUCCGACAACUUGACUUCCCCCCCCCGCUUUCUAAUGGUAAGCCUCUUUCACUUGGAAGUACAGCGAGAUAGCCGCGUCAGAGGUAACAGUAGUACAGCAGCGUAACGGCAUAUUGCCGUGAAAUAUACUUUUCUUUUGGAUGGAUGGAUGUGUUGUUAGUAACAGCUGACUGCGACGAGAAGCGCACGGAUUCCGAUUGAUCGCUGUGCUAGCUGACGCGUGUGAACGAUUAAGCCGGGCUAUGCCGUCUGACACUCAAGCUGUUGGCUCGCAUCUCCAUCAAUCACCAGCGCUCAGGCUGCUGUUUGGAGGCGGGAAAAACCUCCACGUGGUCGUAGCCGAAGCAACAGUGCUGUGGUUGUGGCUGAGGGAGACGCACACACAAGAUUGCCGCACAGGACGAGCACAAUGACUGACAGCCAGACAAGCUGAGGAAACCUGUCACACUUUGUCUUAUCAACACGUCAAAGGGCUAUCUCCCUCUUGUCCCCCCCCUCCGCCCCCUUCCCACCAUCCUCCCUCCAUCUUGUCCUCUCCGCAAUGAGCUCCUAACCUGAGAGAGACGGAACUAGUAUUAAAAAAAGACACCUUUUUAAAGCAGCUUUCACAGCACCUGGAAGGCAUGUCUCCCUAUUUCCGUUGAAUAAGUUGCUGUCAGUGGAAGAAGAAGAGGCGGCCCUUGUUCAUAAGUCUUUAAGGAGCUGCAGAUCCCAGGGAAGGGGCUGAGAGAGGAGCAGUCAUGCAUCUCUAUUUGGCGUUGACGCUGCAGGCGUUGUGGACGGGUGUUUGCCAAGCGGCCAUGCAGCACUACCCUGCAGCGUGGGGCCACUACGACGUGUGCAAGUCCCAGGUCUACUCAGAUGAAGGCCUCACUUGGGACUACAUGGCCUGCCAACCGGAGGCGGCGGACAUGACCCAGUACCUGAAGGUGACGCUGGAUCCGCCCAAUAUCACCUGUGGAGAUCCACCUGAGACAUACUGCGCCCUGGAAAACCCCUACAUGUGUAAUAACGAAUGUGACGCCAGCACAGACGAGCUCGCCCACCCUCCGGAACUCAUGUUUGACAUCGAGGGCCGCAACCCGACCACGUUCUGGCAGUCCACAUCCUGGAAAAGGUACCCAAAGGCUCUCCUGGUCAACAUCACGCUAUCUUGGAACAAGACCAUCGAGCUGACCGAUGACAUCGUCCUCACCUUUGAGUCAGGCCGGCCGGAGCAGAUGGUUCUGGAAAAGUCACUGGACUACGGGCGAACCUGGCAGCCGUAUCAGUUCUAUGCCACGGACUGCCUGGAUGCCUUCACCAUGGAGCCCAAGACGGUGCAGGACUUGACCCAGCACACUCUGCUGGAUAUCAUUUGCACAGAGGAGUACUCUCGAGGUUACGUGUGGAAGUACGAUAAAACGGUUCGCUUUGAGAUCAAGGACCGCUUUGCGCUGUUCGCCGGGCCGCGGCUCCACAACAUGGCGUCGCUUUACGGCCAGCUGGACACCACCAAGAACCUGAGGGACUUUUUCACCAUCACAGACUUGAGGAUCCGACUGCUCCGCCCCGCCACUGGAGCUACAAUGGUGGACGAGAACAACCUGUCCAGAUACUUCUACGCCAUUUCUGAUAUCAAGGUCCAGGGCAGGUGCAAGUGCAACCUUCACGCCAACAGCUGCGUGUUCGACAAAGAGAAGCUGAGCUGCGAGUGUGAACACAACACCACCGGGCCCGACUGCGGCCGCUGUAAGAGGAACUACCAGGGCCGAGCCUGGAGCGCCGGCUCCUAUCUGCCUAUCCCCAAAGGCACCGCCAAUAUAUGUAUCCCUAAUAACAUUGGUCCAGUUAUUCGGCCGAAUGUCUCGUCCCUAGGUGUCGCUAACCGAAAAGAAGACUGCGAAUGCUUCGGCCACUCCAACCGAUGCAGCUACAUCGAGCUGCUAAACACCGUCAUUUGCGUGAGCUGUAAGCACAACACUAGGGGGCAGCACUGCCAGCUAUGCAAGCUGGGCUACUAUCGCAAUGCUUCAGCGGGACUGGACGAUGAAAAUGUGUGCAUAGAGUGUAAUUGUAAUCCAUUUGGCUCAGUCAGUGAUCGCUGUAAUGGCACGGGAUAUUGUAUAUGUAAGGAGGGCACGACAGGGCCCAAGUGUCGCCAGUGUCUGCCCGGCUAUUUGUGGGACGAUGGCUGCAAAUCCCGGGUGUGCGACAACGAGCUAAUGCGCUGCCAAAACGGCGGCGUGUGCGUCAACAACGUGCGCUGCAGCUGCCCCUCAGCUUACACGGGUCUGCUGUGCGAGAAGCAGCGCUGCGAGACGGAGCUGGGGGGUUGCCGGGGUGCCAGUUCGGGCCAGGGCACCCUGAGGCCUCCGCUCUCCAUCAGGGUGCCGGUGCUGCUGCUGCUUCUUCGUCUGGGCUCGGCACUGCUCUAGAGACCCCCCCCAGUCAGACACACGCACACACACACGCCUCCCAUUCCUCUUUUAAAUAAUCAAGCAUUCACCCCAAACAAUCAUGAGCUUUGUGGACUGUAGCAGCUUCUGAGCAGCCUUGACGAACACUGAUGAUGUGAAAAGGAAUGUGCCAGACAAAUGAGUGCAAAACCUUUUUAGUUCAAUAUUAAAGAAUAUAUAUAUACAUAUAAAAUACAACAUAUAGAGAAUAUUAAAAACAAAAGCGUGCAAAGGACAAUGACGCCUCCCCCCGCCCCCUUGUCCUCCUGCUCCUUAAGCCAUACAGGUGCUUGGGCUCCUUCCACUCCGAGGGGAUAACGGAAGAUGACUUCCCCUCAUCGCCACGGCAACAACAGCUGCAACCAAUCGGCUCUUGCGCACGAGGCCCCCUUUGGGACGCUCCUGUGAGUUUAAUGUUGGCUGGACUGUUGAGGAAGACAAAUCAAAGACAUAUUUCCCUGGGCUUCUCCAAUAUAAUGUUCACGAGAGAACACGCACACACACACACACACACACACACGCACACACACACGCACACACACACGGGACAAGUUCUUUGCUGUCAGUGCAUUGUGGAUCGAAGGAAAUGUGUGCGGACUUUGUGACACACAAACUUUUUCCUCUCCAAGCUCUCCGCCUUCAAGGUCACUCUCCCCCCAUCGUCCCCUCGCCAUGCUGCCACUGACCUGUGCUUUUGUGAAUGUUACACUGUAUAAAAAAAGAAAUAAAAAAAAAACCUUGUUGGUUGAAUGAUUGAUUAUUUUUAUUUUUUUGUCCAAUGUUGGUGAUGCACAUGUGUACGAACCUUCCUCUCCACCCCCCCACCCUCAAUUCUUUUCUAUUCGGAGCCACGGCGGCCGCUCUCAUCCUGGUGGCGGGAUACCUUUCACACGACGGGGGGGCCGGACAAGCAUCAGUGUAUUUACAACAGCGCAAACAAAACAAGUCAUGUACGGUAGUCCUUUUGUAUCUUUGCUGAACUGUGACGGAGGGGGAAAAAAGGCAACUUUGCUGUAUCUGUACCACAUCCAAAAGGCAAACUUUGGUUUCUGCUUCGACCCCUUUCCUUUUUUUUUUUUUAAUCAUGCUUUCAGUUGUACGGGUCAUUUUCCUUUGUAUUGGCAACGUGCUGGCAUCAAAGAAUAUGAGUUGACAUCCAGUAAUGAAUAAAGUGUAUUUCAAUCCCACCAAAGGACAUUCUAAAUGUUAUGUUCUUGCUUUGACACUUGAAGAUUGAAGUGAA